GCAAACCAGAAAGCUGCUUGAAGAGUUAGCACUGCUAGUAAUAUUGACAACGAUAUUAUCACAAGACACUAUUUUGCGGUUGUGGGUUCUUUCUUCUUCCCCUGUUUUUUCUUUUCAAGAUUUCUUCUCUUCUUAAGUCCUAAAGCCCUGAAUACCGGUUUCUUAUCUUGUUUACGUCCAAUAUUAUGACUUCAGUGGGCCUAAGUUCAACAACUAUCACUUGUAAAAUUGUUGCAGCUGAAUCGUUAUGUAAAAGAGAUGUCUUCAAGAGUCCAGAUCCCUUUGCUGUGCUAACAAUUGAUGGCUCCCAGACAAAGACAACCAGGGUUGCUAAAAAGACUUUGAAUCCCUAUUGGAACGAAACCUUCGAAUUCAACAUAACAGAGCUCAGUACACUAACUGUUCUGGUCUUUGAUCAAAAAAAAUUCAAAAAAAAAGAUCAAGGCUUCUUAGGGGUGACAAAUAUAAAAAUCAAAGAUAUCUUGGACUUGUCCUUGAAUAAUUGCGUUCAAACCAUAACAAGAGUUUUGAAAUCAAGCAACAAUGACAGCCUCUCCGUCUCUGGAAAACUCAUUCUUAUGAUCUCUCAUAACAGAAAUGACAAUAAUCAAAAUAACAAUUUCAGCUCCAAUGGCCGUAAUAACGAUAUAUUCCCGGUAAACGAUUUCAACGUCAAUUCCUCUCGAAUCAACAACAGACCUACUCUCACCAACAUUGUUCUCAAUAGACCUCCAAAUCCUCCUCCACAUCCUUCAUUUUCUCCACAUUCUGCAAAUAACCCUCUUACUCCCCUAUCAGCUUUAAACUCAUACAACACAGCCACCAAUCCCAACGACAUAAACAAUCCCAUAAGAAAUAAUGUCAAUUCCUCUAAUAACGCAAUAUCUUCAAAUACCACUGGCUCCUCGCCUACCAGACCAAUCUCAUCUUUUGAAGAUCAAUAUGGAAGAUUGCCUCCAGGCUGGGAACGAAAAACCGAUGACUAUGGUAGACUAUACUAUGUUGACCACAAUACUAAAACAACUUCAUGGCAGAGACCAACUUUUGAAAACAACGCCAGUAUCGACGCCGAAAGAAGAAAUCAUUACAAUAGAACUUUGCCUGGCCAAUCGACAAACGAUUCCUCGCAAUCUAAUACAAAUAUAUCCUCCUCAAACAACACAGAUUCCAACCCCAAUACCACUUCUUCAAACACCUCAACCGCUUUAAAUUCAAAUGCUAAUCCUAAUCCACUAAUAGUCACCUCUCCUCCAAAUAACUCUACUCCUGCUGUUUCUCCAUCAACUGCUUUGUCCAUGUCUGCAACUGGCUUAACUACUCCAGGUCUAGGCGAUUUGCCUCCUGGCUGGGAACAACGAGAAACUCCCGAUGGAAGAGUCUAUUUUGUUGACCACAACACUAGAACCACAACCUGGGUAGACCCAAGAAGGCAACAGUACAUCAGAAGUUAUGCAACUACUUCUUCUAAUACUGUUCAACAGCAACCAGUUUCUCAAUUGGGUCCAUUGCCCUCAGGUUGGGAAAUGAGAUUAACAAACACUGCAAGAGUCUAUUUUGUUGAUCAUAAUACUAAAACAACAACCUGGGAUGACCCAAGGCUACCAUCUUCUUUGGAUCAAAACGUUCCACAAUAUAAAAGGGAUUUCAGAAGAAAAUUAAUUUAUUUCAGAUCUCAACCUGCUUUAAGAAUUAUUCCUGGCCAAUGCCACAUCAAAGUCCGCAGAAAUAACAUAUUUGAAGACGCUUACCAAGAAAUUAUGAGACAAACCUCUGACGAUUUGAAAAAGAGACUAAUGAUCAAAUUCGAUGGAGAAGAAGGUUUGGAUUAUGGUGGUGUCUCAAGAGAAUUUUUCUUCCUAUUGUCUCAUGAAAUGUUCAAUCCAUCCUAUGGUCUAUUUGAAUAUUCCGCUCACGAUAACUACACAUUACAAAUUAAUCCUCAUUCCAACAUAAAUCCAGAACAUUUGAACUACUUUAAGUUUAUUGGAAGAGUUGUUGGUUUAUGUGUGUUUCACAGAAGAUUUUUGGAUACCUUUUUCGUUGGCGCUUUAUACAAAAUGAUGCUAAGAAGAAAAGUCGUAUUACAAGAUAUGGAAGGUGUGGAUGCCGAAUAUUAUAACUCUUUAAAAUGGAUAUUGGAUAACGAUGUCACAGAUUUGGGUUUCACUUUUUCUAUCGAAGAUGAAAGAUUCGGUGAAGUUAAAACAAUUGAACUAAAACCUGAUGGAGAUAAUGUCGAUGUUGGUGAAUCCAACAAAAAAGAAUAUGUCGAACUAUUGACUGAAUUCAAAAUAUACAAAAGAGUGGAAGACCAAUUUAAAGCAUUUGUUGACGGUUUCAACGAACUUAUUCCUCCAGAUUUAGUCAAUGUCUUUGAUGAAAGAGAAUUGGAAUUGUUAAUCGGCGGUAUUUCAGAAAUUGAUGUGGAAGAUUGGAAAAAACACACUGAUUAUAGAGGAUAUCAAGAAAGUGAUCAAGUCAUUCAAUGGUUCUGGCAAACAAUUAAAGAAUGGGAUAAUGAACAAAGAGCAAGAUUGCUACAAUUCACAACAGGUACUUCAAGAAUUCCCGUUAAUGGUUUCAAAGACCUACAAGGUUCUGAUGGUCCAAGAAGAUUUACCAUUGAAAAAGCAGGGGAACCAAAUCAAUUACCAAAAUCCCAUACUUGUUUCAAUAGAGUUGAUUUGCCUCCAUAUGCUGAUAUUGAUGCUUUAAAACAGAAAUUAAGUUUAGCUGUGGAAGAGACUGUUGGUUUUGGUCAAGAAUAGUCAUUAUUUCGAUAUUAUAUUUCCUUUUGUUUUAAGAUCCACUGGAUAUGGAACAUAUCACUUUGUUGGUUUGAAAGUAUUGUUUAUUAUAGUCAAUUAUGAAAAUAAAAUCCAGAUUCAAAUUACUGGUAAAUUUAUACCAAUUUAUUCCAAUCUAUCCCAUUUUAUUCCAUUUUAUACCAAGUUCUGAUGUUAAUCAUCCUAUUUUUUUGUACAAGAAAUUUUUUUCGAUAAGUUUUAUAUUUUUAUUACCCAUUUCGUAUUUAAUAAUUUUUUCUUUGUUAUUACUUACUAUCAAUUGAUUAUUUCUUUUUUGUUUUUUGUUGUUGAGAACGACACUAAACUUUUUGGCAUUAAUUUUACCCUUUUUAUUCUUCAUUUCGAUCCCGAAUUUAGCAAAAAGACAAACUGUAUACCACUUUUCUUUAGAUCG